GUUUCUUUUCUUGUUGGCUCAGUCUUUUUGCUAACGUUGAGAUGCGCUUCGGUCACUUUGUCGUCGGUCCCGCUGGCAGUGGCAAGUCGCGGCUGUGCUGCAAGCUGGUCCAGCACGCACAGACACUUGGAAGGACCAUCCACGUCAUCAACCUCGAUCCUGGCGCAGAGACCUUUGACGUUGCGCCGUCGUUCGACAUUCGCGAAUUCAUCACCGUCGCAGACGUCAUGGAAGAGUGCCAACUGGGUCCAAACGGAAGCCUCAUCUAUUGCAUGGAAUGGCUGCUCAAUCACAUCACCUACUUGACGGACGAGCUGGACGGAUACGCAGACAACUCGUACUUUUUGUUUGACUGCCCCGGCCAAAUCGAGCUCUACGUCCACUUGCCGAUUGUGCCUCGCAUUGUCCAGUUGCUCGACCAACGCUUUGUGCGCUCCGCAACAGUCUUCCUGCUCGACUCCCAAUGUGUGAAUGACAUUCCAAAAUACGUGUCGGGCGCGCUUUCUGCAAUGACUACAAUGCUCAACAUGGGGCUACCGCAGCUGAACAUUCUCUCCAAGCUGGAUUUGUUUCAGCAGCCCUUAUCGCGGUUGCAGCUGCAACGGUUUUUGGAUGGCGACGUGACAACGGUGAUGCAAGCUGCCAACCACGCCAUGCCAGCCAAGUUUAGACGGCUGAAUGAGAGGAUUGCGCCAACGUUGGACGACUAUGGGCUCCUUGGCUUUCUACCACUAAAUUACCUGGACAUUGACACACUAGAGAGGGUCUUAUAUCAGAUGGAUGCGAUUGUGCAGCAUGGAGACGAAUUGGAACCGGCGGGCAAAGAUCUGCGGGAGGAACGAGAUGAAAGCCAGGAACUUUUCGAGGCAAUGCAGGGAAACAAGGAUGACAUGAUUCGCGAACUGUUGGAGCGAAGACCAAACGACCCAACGGCAUGAUGUCUUUCCAUGAAUAAACUAGUUCUACGGGCCA